AUGAACGGGACGGGGUUGCCGGAGACGGGGUCGCCGCCGGAGACGACGCCACCCCAGGCCGCCCCUACCGGUGCCGCCGGCAGCAGCACCUCCCCCUCCGAACCUUUGCCUUCCAUCCGCUUCUCGGCGUAUUUCGAUCCACGUGCCACCCGCCCUAGCCUCUCGUUCAGUCCCAUCGCGAGAACCCUACCGACCGGUACCGAGCAGAUCCGCGUGGGCCGGUAUUCCGAGCGCGACGCCCAACCGAACGUGCCGAGCAACGUGCCGUCGUCGUCCCCCGUGGGCUUCAAGAGCAAGGUCGUCAGUCGUCGGCACUGCGAGUUCUGGUACGAAGGAGGGAAAUGGUACAUCAAGGACGUCAAGAGCUCGUCCGGCACGUUCCUCAACCAUAUCCGCCUCAGCCCGCCCGGCACCGAGUCGAAGCCGUUUCCGGUGAACGACGGCGAUAUUGUGCAACUGGGCAUCGAUUUCAAGGGCGGCGAGGAGAUGAUUUUCCGUUGCGUCAAGAUGAGGCUUGAGUUGAACCGUGGCUGGCAGAACAAGCCCAACGCUUUUAACGUUACGACUCACAAAAGAUUGCGGAUCAUGGCGUCCGCUGGCGGCGACUCGGCGAAUAGUUCCUCGCAAGAUUGUUCCAUUUGCCUCAACUCGAUUGCGCCCUGCCAGUCUCUUUUUGUGGCCCCAUGCUCCCACACCUGGCAUUACAAGUGUAUUCGGUCGCUUCUGAACAAUCCCCAGUACCCCAUCUUCGUGUGCCCCAACUGCCGUAUGGCGGCAGACUUGGAGGCUGAUAUCGAAGAUCCGGAAGAAGACUGGGACCAGGUCGACAUGGACGAGCCGGUAAAGGCCGAGGAUAACGCCGACUCGACCCCUCAAGUUGACAAUCCCCCGCCGGCUCCGCCCGUUCCAACAGCGCCGUUAGCCCCGCCAGCCCCGCCAGCCCCGCCAGCUCCCACGCAGCCUCUUCCCAGGACACGAGACAGUAGCGGGUCGAGGAGUAGCCGAGACGACAGCGACGCGGCGAGGGAAGUGCGCCGGCAGUCGAGCGCCGCACGAUUAGCCCACAUGACGCUCAUCCCGCACUCGGUGUCGCAGCCGCUGGCCAUCCGGCCGCUCUCCAUGCUGCCCCGGCACAGGUCACGGUCGAACAGUUCGACGAGGGGCCGGACGCCGUCGCCGCCGACGCAGAAUGGCGGGGUGGAAGGACCCAUCACGCCGCGGAACGAUGCGGGGCCUUGGGUCUUUGACGGGAGCGCGGCGGGCAGCCGAGCCGGCUCGGCGUCGGAAGGGACUGGGAUGCGGAGUCUCGAUGAAGCCGCGGAGGGGGAGUCCGAACGCUGA